AUGGAAAUAUGGAAAUUAUUUGACAUUAGUGAACCAUCAAAAAUUGAUAUAAUUUUAAAAAAUGCUAUUGAUACUGGUACACAACGUCCUGUUCAUACUCCACCAUAUAGAAAAUCAAACAAAGAUCAAGAAACCUUAAGAAAAGAAACAGAAAAAUUACUGAAAAAUGGACUUAUUGAACGUUCAACAUCACCAUGGUCUUCACCCGUCAUAUUAGUAAAAAAGAAAGAUAGAACAAGAAUAUUUUGUGUCGAUUAUCGUCGCUUAAAUCAUACGAAAUUUGAUUUUAAAGCUGGAUAUUUUCAAGUACCAUUAGAUAAAGCAGAUCAACCAAAAACAGCAUUUUCAACACGAGAUGGGCAUUUUCAAUUUAAAGUAUUAUCACAAGGCCUUACUAAUGGGCCACCAACAUUUCAACGUAUUGUUAAUCAAAUUUUAGGUCCAAACAGAUGGAAACAUGUACUCGCCUAUAUCGAUGAUAUUAUUAUUUACUCACAAAAUUUUAAUGAACAUUUAAAACAUAUCGAAGAAGUAUGUUUAUUAUUACAUGAAGCAAAUUUUAAAUCAAAUGUUGAUAAAUGCGAAGUUGCAAGAACAGAAAUAUUAUUUCUUGGACACUUAAUUAAAGCAGGUACUAUUAAACCUGAUCCAGACACCAUCCGUGGUUUGACUGAAACACGUGAACCAACAUCAGCUGAAGAAGCAUUUAGAUUCGUCAAAGCAGCAGAAUAUUACCGAAAAUUUAUUCCAAAAUUUUCUACCAUCGCUGCACCGUUACAUAAAUAUUCUCCAGCAACAGUACAACAACAAAAGAAUAAUAAAAAAUUAAAAUUUGAACUAUCUGCUGAAGCUAGAACAGCAUUCCACCAACUCAAGAAAAUAUUAACAACUGAUCUUAUUCUUGAUUUUCCUGAUGAUACAUUAACAUUUAAAUUACAAACUGAUGCUUCUGUAGAUGGAAUUGGCGCUGUCCUAUUACAAAUUACUCCGAAUGGUGAUCGACCAUUAGCAUAUAUGUCAAAGAAAUUAACAAAAACACAAACUAAUUGGCCGACAAUUGAACAGGAAUGUUAUGCAGUAGUACAAGCAAUAGAAAAAUGGGACAAAUAUCUUCGUGGACAUGAAUUUAUAUUAGAAACUGAUCAUGAACCAUUAAUUCAUUUUUCAAACAAAGAACAAUUAAAUAAAAGAUGUGAACGAUGGCGAUUAAAAUUAGCUGAAUAUCGAUUUAAGAUGGGUAUUGCUAUGACCACUUCCGGUGGUUUCAUCGGAUAUUCUGGUGGUAGAUGA